AUGAUAAUUCUUUCGUAUAAUAUCCGAGGGGGCGGGAAUCGGGCUAAGCGCAAGAGAGUCGGAUUCCUAAUUCAAAAGGGAGAUGUUGAUCUUUGUUUUAUUCAAGAAACGAAACUUAGUGGAAUUGGUUUGGAAUUGGUUAGAGAGUUGUGGGGAAGCGUUGAUGUUGAAUGGUCUUACUUGGAUGCUAACGGAGCCUCAGGUGGUAUUCUAACAAUGUGGAAGAAAGACUUCUUUUCUCUCAUCCAUAGCUUUAGAGGAGAUGGCUUUCUAGGUUUAUGUGUGGAGAAGGGUGGAAAACUCACUUAUUACGUCAAUGUUUAUGCCUCUUGUGACAAAAUCACUAGGAGAAGAACAUGGAAGAAUCUUUGUGAGUUCAAGAAUAAUAAUAGCGUUGGAUCUUGGUGCAUUGGGGGUGACUUCAACUCUAUCUCUUCUCUUGAUGAAAGAAUUGGUGUAUCUAGUAGCUACUAUAGUAGGGAUACAAGAUCAUUCAACGAUUUCAUAGGGGAAAUGGAGUUGGUGGAUCUUCCCACAAUAGGUGGCAAGUUUACUUGGUUCAAAAGCAACGGGAAGGCUAUGAGUAGACUUGAUAGAUUUCUUUUAUCCGAGUGCUACAUAGAAGACAUGAAGGUGGAUGGUCAAUAUAUAGGAGAGAGGGAUGUGUUGGAUCAUUCGCCCAUUUGGUUGAAAAAUAAUAGAAAGGAUUGGGGUCCUAAGCCUUUUAAGUUUAAUAACUUAUGGCUAAAGCAUGAGGAGUUUGAUAAUUUUGUUGAAGGGGAGUGGAAAAAACUUGUAGUUAAAGGGAGAGGGGAUUAUUGCUUGGUUGAAAAGUUGAAAAUCCUUAAAAGUCGGAUCUCUUGGUGGAACAAAAUGGUUUAUGGUUGGAUUGACCUCAAGAUAGACAAAGACGUGAAAGAGAUGCAUUCUCUAGAUAACUUGUUUGUUCAUUUUGCAGGUAACGCUCCGGAAGAGGUGGUUUAG